AUUAUAUCAAUUCUAAUGGCUGCUUUAGAUGUCUUUGCAGUUGACAAAAACACAAUAGGUGAACAGUUCUUGUUGGCGAAAAUCCUCUGAAACGCUUCAAUGCCACUACUGAUAAAUUAGACGGAUAAGCUGUAUGCAAAUGAAUGCAUGCAUUAGUGACGCGACAUCCGUCGUCAACUAUUUUUUAUUGCUUUAUUAAGCGUAAUGGCCAGCUAAUCCAAAACAAACCGCCAAGUACUGCUCACUAGCUGUAAAUAUGUUCAUUUAUUUACAGCUAGGAAGUAAAAAAACAGAGCAACGCAACAAGCACAAACGGACAAAGGGGAAGGAAGGCACUAGAAGGCUUCGUAGGCGCAGAAAACUCGUGGGUUGAGAACCUUAACCAUUGCUGGGUGUCUCUUCCUGGGUGGAACAACCCACCGACUCUCUUAUACUUUAUUGUAUCCAACAUGAAACUCAACUGAUGCUUCUGCUUUAAAUAUUAUUUUUGUCUCUAACUUUUGUAAAGCCCUAUUCCCAAGUUGUCACCUUAUUCAAGCCUUCAUCAAUAUAAAUACAUGCUUUUGCUAAUUCAAUCACAAACCUCUUAAGACACUCCGAAAAGUUUCACCUACCUACAUUUGCUUCCUUUCUUUCCUGUUCUAUAUUUUCUCCAACAAGUAAGAAAAACAAAAAUGAAGCUUCUCUUUGCCACACUGCUAUUUUGUUGCCUUCUUCUAAGCUCAUGUUUCUUGGAGCCAGCCAUUGCUUAUGAAGAUCCAUUCGAUUGCAGCAAAAAGUGCUCGGACAGAUGCUCAGUGGCUGGAGUUCGGGAUAGGUGCUUGAAGUACUGUGGAAUAUGCUGCACGGAGUGCAAAUGUGUUCCUUCUGGGACAUAUGGGAACAAGCAUGAAUGCCCUUGCUACAGGGACAAGCUUAACAAAAAGGGCAAGCCCAAAUGUCCUUGAUUUAUGAACUCAAAUAAAGAGCUUGUGAGUGAGAAAGCGGACGUGUGUUUUGUGCCAACUGAGUUGGUUAGAGUUAUCUGUGUCA